UGCUGUGUCAUUGGUAAGUGUGGGCUCUGAUUGGGCCUGAAGUUUGUUCCGCCCUAAAAUGUGCUGACGUCAGGGGCAGGGUUUGGAGGACGUGAGGGGAGCGAAGAAAAAAGAGGAACGGCUGGCGCCAUGCGUCCCCGCUGGGCUGAUACUCGUUUUUGGGCGAACCUAGAAGUUAAUAGACAAUAUGCAGUAAAGCACGGGAGUUAUUUUGUACCUACGGAUAUACAUGAAGAGUGAGCAACAAAGUGCGUGUGAUGUUAUUGUUUGGCGGCGGGGCGAAGGCGGACAUACCAUUCUCGCUAGCGCUAGCGUCGUUAAGGUGGACACUCCAAACUUGCAUGGUAGCAGUGGGGCAAGGAAAGCGGUGAAUUUAAAGGGAAAGAGCUCUCUGGACGGUUAAACCUUCGCUAUGGAAAAGGGAAGCUCCAAGGAGGAAACCGGGACCGAUCUGGACCGGGACCGCCAAUACUGUGAACUUUGUGGUAAAAUGGAGAACCUCCUGAAGUGCGGCCGGUGUCGAAAUUCUUUCUACUGUAGCAAGGAGCACCAGAUACAGGACUGGACCAAGCAUAAGCGAGUAUGCAAGAAGGAAUCCGAUAAAUCUCAGUGUCCGGCGCAGCCAGGACCAGCGCAACCCGAACCAGCGCAGCCUCCCCGGCAAGCGAAAGAGGGGCAGCCGCGGCUGUCGCGAAAGAAUAGUGCCAAGCAGAGCAACGCGGCUACGCAGAGCACCUCACAAACGGGCCCUACCAACCCACCGUCCGACGGUGAAAGAAUGAAAGAUUUUAUCACUUCAGCGACGAGCUCGGGUGGUGUAGACGAUGACAAACAAGCGGGGGACGGAAUUACCAACAACACCAAGCCCAACGGACAAACGAGGUCCCCCCCGCAAAGACUGGCCAUGGAAUAUAUAGUUCCAUGUAUGAACAAGCAUGGCAUUUGCGUCGUUGACAACUUCCUCGGCGAAGAGACUGGUCUAAAUAUUCUAGAGGAUGUCAAAGCCCUGCACCAGAGCGGAAAAUUUACCGACGGGCAGCUUGUCAGUCAGAAAAGCGAUUCUUCCAAAGACAUAAGAGGGGACAAAAUUACUUGGAUUGAGGGAAGAGAACCCGGCUGCGAGAAAAUAGCUUUUCUGAUGAGUAGAAUGGACGACCUAGUCCGACACUGUAAUGGUAACCUGGGCAACUACAAAAUAAACGGACGGACGAAGGCAAUGGUGGCCUGUUACCCAGGCAACGGGACUGGUUACGUGCGGCACGUGGACAACCCGAAUGGCGACGGUCGCUGCGUCACCUGUAUUUAUUACCUGAACAAGGACUGGGACGCUAAGGACCAUGGAGGCCUACUGCGGAUCUUCCCAGAAGGAAAAGCACAGUUUGCGGAUAUCGAGCCCAAAUUCGACAGACUUCUGUUCUUCUGGUCCGACCGACGGAACCCCCACGAGGUCCAGCCAGCCUACGCCACACGGUAUGCCAUCACGGUUUGGUAUUUUGAUGCCGAUGAACGGGCUCGAGCUAAAGAGAAAUACCUGACAGGUGCAGGAGAAAAGGGAGUGAAGGUGGAGUUAAACAAGCCGUCAGAACCCAGCUAACGAGCAAGGGGAGGAUGCUAUGGGUGGGGGUGGGGACUUAUCUCUCAUACACACACACACACACACACACAGACCCCUAACACACCGUUACUUCCUGCCUCUCACGAAGGACGUGGGGAGCAGGGGAGAAGAGGAGAGGACAGUUGGAAGGGGGGAUGGAGGAAAGACUAUUGAUGUUUUUUUUUUUGUCAAACCCCCAUCUAUUCGCUCCUGUCAUCAGCAAGCUACAUUUUUUCACUCUUUUGUUCGAUUGUUCGUUCGUUGGAGCGGACUAACAGCAGAAGCGGUCUCGUGACUUUCACCAGCUCAUUUUCAAGGACAAGGCUCACCGUUGUGCUUCUUUUUGGGG